UUAUAUUGAGAAACGGAUAAUGAAAACAUUUAUCUUAUUAGGAUUGUUGUCCCUCACCUUUGCAGUGAGCAUUAGUAAUCAAGGCACCUUAUCAAAUCCAACCUCACGAGUGGAAAGAAUAAUGACCAAGUUUAUGCAAUUAAGUGAGAUGAGCACACAAUUUAACUUUAACAAACUUUUCGACGCUAUAGAUUAAUUGAGUGCUUAAUUAAAAGUACGUUUGUGUAGUUUAUGGUGAUAGCAAUCAGAAGUAGACGAGAACAAGCUUUUCGAUGCAGACUUUGCUUAAUAUGUUGAGGAUUAGGCCUUUUACACAGAUUUAGUCACUUUCUACACAGCAGAAGUUGCCUAACACACUGAGGAUCUGAGAUCAUUGAACAACCAUUUGGAAUCAUAUCAACAACAAUUGACAUAAAGACAAGAGGAAUUGGAUAGAACUCAAAAACAAAAAGCUUAAUUAGAAGAAACCAUUAGACAAAAUGAAAUCACCUACAAUAAAUAAAUUAGUGAUUUCAAUACAGCUAUAGAUGUUUUAGAUUAGGCCAUUCAAUUGUUGUCUGGUUUGAGAAGUACUUUAAAGCAAUAUACAUUUGAUUAGAUCCUGUAUUAAUCCAAACCGAAUAGGAUCAACUCAAGACCUUGGCUGGUAAAUUCAGUUCAAUCAAUUUGAAGAAUCACAGAGUAUUAUAUCAACCAAUCAUCGAUAUCUUCAUGUAACUCGCAUAAAAUAAGUAUGAACCUCAAAUUAUCAUUAGCUUGGCCAAUCAAGAUCUCCUCAAAAAGGUGUUGGGCAUGUUGAAUGGACUCAGAAACUCAUUAGAUGGAGGCAGAAAUGCAUUAACCAGCAAUUACAACAGUGAAAGAGCUGCUAAUUUGGAGUUGUUGGAGUCAUACACUAAGAAGAUUGAUGCAUUGGUCAAUGAAGUGAUCCCAAUGUUGUAAGAUUUGAUUGCCAAUACAAUUGGUAUUUAUUUUGUUGAUUGAACCUCAUAGAAUAGAUUAAAGUCAAAACUGAAUUAUUGAACAAUGCCUAGGCCAAUUUGGAUGAAGCAAAAGAAACCUUGUAAUUUAUUGAGGACAGAUGGGUGAAGAGAAAGGCUUAACAUGCUGCAUUGUUAGCAGAAUAUGAGAAAGAGUAAGCACUUAUUGCUUAGACGAUAACUGUUUUGCAAAGAGGUGGUGUAAGAAGAUAAUGAUUUAAAUUUUAUUUUA